CGCUCUCCGGCGCUUCCGCACAUGCGCAUUCCGCUUUUUUUUCCCCCUUUUCUUUCAGGAACCCGUGAAUGUUUUGGUUUUGGAGACGUCCACAUGCACGGCUACAUCGACUGCCACUGUCAUAUCUCUGCGGGGGAUUUUGACAAGGACGUAGCAGAGGUGGUUGAAAACUCUAAAAAGGCUGGAUUGUUGGCGCUGUUAGCUGUGGCCGAGCAUGCUGGAGAAUUUGAGAAGAUCAUUGAGUUGUCACAGAGGUUUCCAAGUUUUGUUUUCCCCUGCUUAGGAGUCCACCCUGUUCAGGAAGUUUCCCCAGAGCAACAGAGGGGCGCUUCUCUGCAGGAUCUUGAUGCUGCUCUUCCUCUGAUAGAGAAAUACAAAGAUCAGCUUGUCGCCAUCGGGGAGGUCGGCUUGGAUUUUACCCCCAGAUAUGUCAGCAACGACGGCGAUAAAGAGAAUCAAAGGCAGGUUCUCAUUCGGCAGGCGCAGAUCGCCAAGGAGCUGGAUCUCCCUCUAAAUGUUCAUUCAAGGUCUGCAGGAAGACCCACCAUCCACCUCCUGAAGGAGCAAGGUGUCGAGAAAGCCCUUCUUCACGCUUUUGAUGGGAAACCGUCUGUUGCCAUGGAGGGAGUGAAGGCUGGAUAUUUCUUCUCCAUCCCGCCGUCCAUAACGCGGAGUGAGCAGAAGCAGAAACUGGUGAAGCAGCUGCCUCUAGAGAACAUCUGUCUGGAAACUGAUUCACCGGCUCUCGGGCCUGAGAAACAGGUGAGAAAUGAGCCUAAGAACAUCUGUAUCUCUGCGGAGUACAUCAGUAAAGUUAAAGGAGCACUGGAGAAGGUGAUAGAGGCGACGACCCAAAACGCUCUCAGACUCUUCCCGAAGCUGAAGUCUGCCAUCAGACCCUGACACAGGCCGUAGAGUCGAUUUCAGUUGUAGAAUAAAUAAAUAAACAAACAAAUAAAUGUUUCGCAUUCAAUAAUUUGUCUGAUUAAAGGUCUCAUGAAGUGCGAAUACAAA